ACAUCCUGUCAGCUGUCGCUUCCGGAUGCGGUGAAACAGCAGAGAAGUAGGAAAACACCGCACAUACAUGGAUUAAUUUAAAUGACAUGAAGUCAGAGGAGACGCCAGCACCUUCCUCGGCGGAUUCAAGGAGAUGAAUACACGCGCCGCGAAUCGCGUUUUAACGGCGUUUCACGUCAUCUGUCCGUGAAUGAGCGAUGUUUUCUGCUGAGCAGUCGUGUUUAUGUCUUCUUGCUAGCUUGAGCUAGCGUAGCAUUAGCUGAUACGCGCAGACAAUUUGACUUCUCUCUCUGGUGAAUUAUGACUUGUAGUCGUCGUUAUUCCUGAUAUUUCCCUCGUUCGUACAGAGGGAAACAGCACCGUGCGUAUUUUAUCGUUAACUGAAAAGCGUUCAGAGUUUGUUUUGGUCACUUAGAGGUCAAGGCUGCGUUGGAAACGCUUGUUCCCUACUGUCAACACAAGUAAAAAAUUGAAGAAACAGCUGUUUUGUUUAAGUAUUCACGACAUUGUAUCUGAAAAUCAGUUCGUCAACAUCUUAGCGAGUGGUCAAAAUGGAUGUGCUCUGGACUUCAGUCGCCACGCAGAAAACACAGCAGAUACUUUCUAAAUAACACUUCCCUCAGUCAGCUGGUUGACUCCACUACUUUUUCCUCCUGCUGCUGCUGACAGGGCACUUAACAAAUAGUAUCCUGUGUUUCAGUUUGGCUGAAGAGGAGGAAGUCUUCCUCGUUUUAUUUUUGUUUCUGCACAGCUCAUUUUUCCUCAGACCAAGCUCUUCAGUUCAACAGUGAUCCUCUUGUCCUCCUCCUGCACAGUGAAGGAUGAAUGGCCUCUCUCUCAGCGAGCUCUGCUGCCUGUUCUGCUGCCCGCCCUGCCCAAGCCGCAUCGCAGCCAAGCUCGCCUUCCUGCCCCCUGAGCCCACAUACACCUUUCUUCCAGACCCAGAGGCAGGCCCUGCUACGACAGGGACAAUGGGGAGUAUGCGGGCACGGAGCGGAGCAACAGUCGCUGGAAGCGGAGGGGCCGGGGCUGUGGAGGGAAGAUGGAAGCUUCACCUGACAGAGCGAGCAGAGUUUCAGUACUCACAGAGAGAGCUGGACAUGACGGAGGUGUUCCUCACUCGAUCCAGCCGAGGGAACCGAGUCGGCUGCAUGUACAUUCGCUGUGUUCCUAAUGCCAGAUUUACAGUGCUUUUCUCCCAUGGUAACGCAGUCGACCUGGGCCAGAUGAGCAGCUUCUACAUCGGCCUCGGCACUCGCAUCAACUGCAACAUCUUCUCCUACGACUACUCAGGCUAUGGUGUCAGCACCGGCAAGCCUUCUGAGAAGAACCUUUAUGCAGACAUAGAUGCUGCCUGGCACGCCCUGCGCACACGGUAUGGCAUUUGUCCCGAGAAUAUCAUCUUGUAUGGACAGAGCAUUGGUACAGUUCCCACUGUAGACCUGGCGUCACGGUAUGAGUGUGCUGCCGUUGUUCUCCACUCACCUCUAACUUCUGGCAUGAGAGUGGCUUUUCCUGACACAAAGAAAACCUACUGCUUUGAUGCUUUCCCCAACAUUGAGAAAGUGUCCAAAAUCACGUCUCCAGUGCUCAUCAUCCACGGCACAGAGGAUGAGGUGAUCGACUUCUCCCAUGGCCUGGCUCUGUUCGAGCGCUGCCCCAAGGCCGUGGAGCCUCUCUGGGUGGAGGGCGCAGGACACAACGACAUCGAACUGUACAGCCAGUAUCUGGAGCGCCUACGCCGCUUCAUAGGACAGGAGCUGGCGGUACAACAUGCCUGACCGUCGCCACCACAAUCGACAUCAAACGUCAUCAUUACCAUUUUUCCUGGUCCACUUAAAAGCCUCACCUCUCUGUGUCCAAGAUGGAAAUGUCUCAAAGAGUCUUCUAAACCGUCCCUCAGCUUUCCAUGGCGCCCAGGGGUGUAAUGUUUCACAUACUGUAGCGCUCUGUUUUUGGGGCGCACUACGCCUUUAAUGGACCAUGGACUUGAUGCAACACAGAGGAGAGGAGGAGUGUGUUCAUAGACAUCAGAAGUGUGCGAGUGUGAAAGACUUAAAUUGUUGUUUUUUUAGCAGAAACUUUAACAGUACAGCUGCCAUGUGUUAGGUGGCAGCAGAGAUAUUCCUAUACUGUGCAAUAAUGUUGACAGUGUCAUAGGAAAAGGAUGUUUGUUGAAAUUAAAUGGGGGGGGAAAAAUUAACAGAGCAACAACCUGAUAAAUAAUCACAUGGGUCAAUUACAUUGUGGUCCACAUCGAAAGUUUUUAUCAAUUUUCCAGUCCUCUCAUACAGUUUGUGUGUAACUUUAAUUUUUGCUGUUAACCCAAGUUGAAUGGAUAAUGGUGAAGCAUGUCAGACUCUCCAUGCUCUGAUGUGUGUUGAGGAAUAUUUCUUUUCCUAAUCACCUAUUAAAACAGCAAAGGCUUUGUAACUACAUUCUCUAUAUUGAGCCCCCAGUUUCUUUUAGUAACACCUGUACAACCUAAUACAGUCCAAUAGAAAAGCCAUCCAGUAAAUUCUGUUUGAAAGGGAAUGAUUUUAACAAUAUUUUCUAGUUAUUGAUGGUGUUGUAUUGGACUGCAUCGCAACAAAAGGUGUUGCUAGUAUCCUGUCCAUGUCAUAUAUGUAGAUUUGGAGUGGUGACUUGUCUGUAUUCCCGGGGAAAAUGAAAAAGAUACAGAUAGCGAUAAAGAUAAAGAUAGAGAUGAGUUUGUUUUUCACCGUACUGAACAUUUUACUCAGGUAAACCUCUUUUUAGAUAUUAGAUUCAGUGUGUUCCACAUUUGUUUGUGUCUGUUUUUUGUUUUAUAUACAGUCAACUAAAUCUCCUCUGACCCUCUGAGCAAAGAUUUCUGAAAUCAUUUUCAUCCAGUGCGUGGUCUUUUUGUUUUUAACCAAGUAAUAAAUCAGACUAUGAUCCCAAAACUUGAGGUACAGGUGUUACAACUUUAACUUUAGUCUCUCUUGCUCCAAUUGAUUAUCCAUACUAUCGACUGCGUUGAAGUACAACUAAUGUUCAAGAGCCUCAGAAAGAAAAUACCUCCAGCUCCUUCAUUUAGUGGAAUGUCUUGGAGUCCGUUAGCCCUGUCCUUUUUUUGGUUUUAGUCUUGUUUAUGUCUCACACCAGUAGGUCACAGCUGUCAGCUAAGUUCCUGUUUCCUUAAGUGUCUGGAACAGAGAAGCAACACUAAAAUUAAACAGGCCACAGUUUUUACCACCAGCCUAUUUUCACCUCUGUUAAGAAUCUGUCUUACAGCCAUCUUCCUCAUUUUCACCUGUCAGCAUUGUCAUUUAGUAUAUCAAAACUUCACCUCGGAAUCAAGUAUUUUCUGACUGUUGCCAUCGUUUGAUUUUAAUUAUUGAUGAGCUUCACAUUGCAAGUAAUUAAAAUCAUUCCCUCCGCUCUGCAGAUAAGCACAGGAACAUGUUUCAUCACAAUAGAGCAGUAUAUAGUUCAUUAGUUGUUUUCCAGCUUCAACAGCGUUUAGUUCAGUGUGAAGCUCUUCUGAGGAAGUUACACCUUUGCAUUAUAGUUGCAAGGUAAAACUAGACCGCAAACAGGCUGAGUGAAAUUGUUUCUCUGGUUUACAGCCAACUCCUUGGUAACACUAUUGAUUUUGCCAUGCAGAAAUGCGUACGGAAGAGUGGUACAGUACCUUUUCUAGCUGCUGGUGUGAUUUUAUUGUAACAAUAGAAAACUGUCUCAAACGAGUUUUGUUUCCCCUGUGGUUUAUUGUUCUUCAUGCUCUGAUUAUUUGGGGAAAUAUCACUAAUUAAUUGUCCCAUUUUUCUGCAGAUGCCGCUUUUUUUUUUCUCAUAAAAGAUUGUAUCAUAAUGAUUGUAUACAAAGAGAACUGGUGCAAGAUUAUGUCAGCUGCGCUCUUUAAGUCUUUUUGGGCUGACUCAUUAGAUAAAACAUAAUCUUUCAGACUCGCUGCACUCGUAGCCUACGACCAGGCGUGAGGUUCUGUCUAAAGUAUUCAUCUUAAAGGUACAACUGUCAGUGGUUCUUACCCACAGAAGUUAAAAGCCACUCCCAAAAUUAGUGUUGCCAAGGGGAAAAUGGUUUUACCAAACUGAAUUGAUAUAUUUGAACCUUAGGCAUUGAGUGUUGUGUCAUUAAACUUCGUAGUUGAAAGAUGAGAUUACAACUUUUCAGUUUGUUUUCAAGAGAAGACAAGUCAGGAUUUUCAGGCUUUCUUGUGCUUUCUUAUGAACCAAAGUCUAACUUUUGUGCGUGUUUUACCUAGUGUACCUGCUGUUUAUGUUUGUAUCUUUGCAACCAAAGACAGAAAUAUUCAAAUUUAAGCUCUUUUAUGAACUUUUUAUUUAUCAGUAUGCCUGAUCUUUUUUUUUUUCCUCUACGCAUUUGGAUACAAAUGAAAUGCAAGUUUGUCACAUUGCUUAAUAAUUAUGUUUCAUCAUAUCAUGUCUAGUUUCAAAUAUGCAAGAACAGAGUUUAAAUAGCAUACAUUAACCAAGUUGUGGGUGUUUGUUUGAGUGUUUUGGGUUUUUUUUUUUUUUUUUCAAGCUGUUUAUAAUUUAUCAUUUGUGGAGGAGUACAACUAAGCAAUAGAGUGUGUGGGAUGAUGAAAGAACAAUGACGGAGGAGCUUCACACAGACACAUGAAAAGCUUUUGUUUAAAAAGAAAACUUGUCUUUUACCCAAAUGUCUGGAUCUCUGGCGUAACAGAGCUGUGUAUCAGUUUUGUCAUCACACAUUGUUAUCCAUUGUUUAUUAUACUGACUUAUUUUUAGUUUUUAAAGAUCCUGUCUUUUUCCAAGAAUUACAGAGAAUAAGAAGCUAAUAAAACAUAAUCAGAAAUUGAUAAUUAA